GCAUCCCGGAGUAAUUAUGCUUUAAGAAAUUAAGUAGAAACAGAGAUGAAACAGAGGAGAAAGUUGAUCUAAAGGGGAUGAUAAUCUUAAACUAGUUAAGGUCCAACAAGGGGUUAAACUUUGUUUUGUUAUCAGAUCGGGAACUUUAGCAAAAGGUGAGGGGAGGAACCGUAAAGCAUGCAGCAGCCAUUUUACAGAAAUUCGCAAGAUAAAAACUUGCAGGAGAGAAACUUACAAGAAAGGAGCUUUCAAGAGAGGAAUUUGCAAGACAGAAGUUUCCAAGACAGAAAUCUGCAAGAAAGAAGCUUCCAAGACAGAAACUUACAAGACAGAAACUUCCAGGAGAGAAAUUUGCAGGAGAGAGGCUUAGGUUUUCAAAACAAUGUGCAAGAAACAAACUUACAAGACAGAAAUGUGCUGGUUGCAGCAACACUCACCAACAAUUCAUCCCAGCAGGACUUUGACUCUCUUAGAAUUGAGUGUUUGCAAAACCGAGUUCUGUACGAAGACCCAGAUUUUCCAGCCAGUGACAGGUCACUUUACUUCAGCCGCCUUCCGCCUUAUGGUAUCAAGUGGAUGAGACCUCAUGACAUAGCUGGUCAGUUUGGCUUGAAACCACAACUGUUUGUGAGUGGAGCUGUAAGAUUUGAUGUCAGACAGGGGGAGUUAGGAGAUUGUUGGGUAGUGGCAGCCGUAGCCAACAUCUCUGAGAAUCCAGAACUCCUGUACCGUCUGGUACCCCGGGGACAGGGUUUCCAUGACGGCUGGUAUGCUGGCGUACUCAAGUUCCAGUUUUGGCAAUAUGGGAAGUGGACAGAGGUCAUAAUUGAUGACCGCUUGCCCACAAAGAAUGGAGAACCGGUGUUUAUACAUUCAGGACGACCCAAUGAAUUCUGGGCAGCCCUGGUAGAAAAAGCUUAUGCAAAACUCCAUGGUUCAUAUGAAGCAUUAAAAUCAGGUCAGGUGAGAGAUGCCUUGACAGACUUUACAGGGGGUCUCACUGAGAGCUACAGGGUGAGAGGAAAGACUGCAGACCUGCCCAGAAAUGCCAUCAAUAUUCUGUUUAAGUCUCUAGAGAGACAGUCCUUGGUGGGGUGUGGGAUUGAUCCUAUAGAUGGCACCAGUGGCAGGAUACUUUCUGGAGGUCUGGCAGCAGGCCAUGCAUACAGUAUCACAGACCUGAGAGAGAUACGACUAGUUUCAGACCGAGGAGAGAUUCCCAUCACGCUGGUACGCAUCAGAAAUCCCUGGGGGACCAGGGUAGAGUGGAAUGGACCCUGGGGAGAUAGGUCACCAGAAUGGAACAGUAUCCCACCUGAGGACAGAGAAGCCAUGGGGCUAGUGUUCAGGGAUGACGGAGAGUUCUGGAUGGAUUUCCGAGAUUUCCUAGAAAACUUUGACACCCUGGAUAUCUGCAACCUCACCCCGGAUUCCCCCCUAGAUACCCCAAGACGGUGGAAGGUGGCCCAGUUUCACGGACGAUGGCAAAAGGGGAUUUCUUCUGGAGGACGACCCGUCAUGAGAGAUGAAAGUGGAAAACUAGUUAUAUCAGAGACCCAUUGGACCAAUCCACAAUAUAAAGUUACUCUUAGGGAUACAGAUGAAGAUGAGGACAAUUUGUGCAGUUUUAUUGUAGAACUUAUACAGAAAGACAGACGGAAACUCAAACACAGAGGAACAAAGAAUGUGGACAUAGGGUUUCUGGUGUAUAAGUAUUCCAAAGAAUACCCAAUGCCUCUCCCAAGAGCUUACUUCAAUCUGUUUGGUUUUGUGGAGAGGUGUGAUUAUUUUUCUAACACUCGGCAGAUAGUGAAGAGAUUUCUCAUGGAACCAGGAGACUAUGUGGUGAUUCCAUGUACAUACGAGGCUCACGUGGAGGCAGACUUCCUUCUGCGAGUGUUUUUUGAAAAUGAUAAUUUCACAGUGCCAACAGAUGAGGCAGCAGAAUUUACAGGUCCUGUGCCUCCCACUAUAGACCCCACCGUCAAGGAGGGAGAAGAGAAAUUCAAGAGAUUUUUCUACGAGUCUUCUGGGGAGGAUAUGAUGAUUGACUGCUAUGAAUUCAGAAGGUUAAUAAACACAGCUCUGAAAUCAGAUCCAAAUCAUCAAGACCUUGGCAUAGAUGCCUGUAAAGCCUUGCUAGCAAUAUUUGAUGAGGAUUGUUCAGGAAAACUGGGCUUCUUUGAGUUUAUACAGCUGUGGAAUAUGAUAAAGCUAUGGAUGACCACAUACAACAAUGCAGAACCAGGGCGGACACAGUUAAAACUGAGCGCUUAUCAACUAAGAACGGUGCUACAGCCGCUAGGUUUUAAAUUCAACAGUAAAGUGUUGAGUGCCUUGGUGUUGAGGUAUUCAGAUGAACAGUACCAGAUCAGCAUAGACAGUUUUAUCAUGUGUAUGGCCAGGAUUACCCAGCUGACUAAGAUAUUCAAGGCCCAUCAGCAAAAUGGAAAGGCUGUGUUUUCAGUUGAUGAGUGGUUACAGCAGGGUUUACUGAUAUGAAGAUCACAGUUAUUGAAGUAGCCUGAGAGAUUGACCACAAAGUUAUUAGUAUUGUAAAAAUAUACUCCAGGUGAAACCAACUUUACAUGGUGCCACAAUGUCUGAUCAGUUAAACACAGAUCAUUGUUAUUUUAGAGCUUAUGUUGAUCAUAUUUGGUAUUUAGAGCUUACUGUGACCACAAGCAAAUUACAAAGAAUACUGCUGACCUUACGAGAUAACACGUAUCUCAGAGGGAUUUGUGUGACUUAUAUAUAGAGAUAGAUGAGGACACUGUGUGACCUAAAGAGAUCAUGUCUACAGUAUCACAAAGGACACUGUGUGACCUAAAGAGAUCAUGUCUACAGUAUCACAAAGGGCACUGUGUGACCUAAAGAGAUCAUGUCUACAGUAUCACAAAGGACACUGUGUGACCUAAAGAGAUCAUGUCUACAGUAUCACAAAGGACACUGUGUGACCUAAGUAUAGCAGUGAGUGCUGUGAUCUUAUUAGGAGAUCAUGUAUAUAAAAAGAACUCUUGUUGACCUGGAGACAAAUUUCAGUUAAGUUUAUGUGACCUUAACAGAUGACAUUUACUAGAAAAGACACGGUGUGACCUUCUGACAUCAUAAACAGAUUUUCACAUCACAUUCCUGCCUCUAGUUUAUUCUGCUUAGUAUUUGUGACAAGCAGCUGAAACUUGCCCUGAUAUUACUUUAAACAGUCUCUUACUUAAUAUUUGACCAAUAUCUGAUGACAUCAAAGGAUUCUUCAAUGGAAAAUGCCUUCAUGAACAAAUGUGCUGUAACACUGUUCAUUGGAACAAGGUGUUUUUCAUUAUCAUAUUUUAUUAGUUUCAAAAGUGUUAAAAACAGGGACCAAUAUCUGGAACACAUAUUCCAUGUCUUGCCUAGGGACCAGCCAUUAUCAUCCCUUUAUAUGCAUUGUCUUUUUGAUAAUAUUGUUUCCAGUCUCUUGUAUUUGAUAGUGAUAGAAAUGUGAUUUCCCCCAGUUUCCCAUCCAAAUAUACAUUAUUUCAAAUAUAUAUAUGCAAGACAAUCGUGUCAUCAGGGGCGUAGCAUAAUUAAAUCUAGUCUUCUCUUAAAAUGUAGGGCAGCUUUUAAGUGAACUUUUACUGGUGCAGAAAGCCUAGAAGAUGCUUAAUUUGAGGCUUAAUUAGACUUAGUGGCAUUACAAUUACAGCAUUCAUAUUUGUUGUGUUAGAUUUAAGAGAGAUUAUACUAUAGCAAUUCAGAUAUUAUCAAAAAUGGGUAAAUGUUAUAUUAUUAUUAAUAUUAUUGGAAAGUACCUACUUUAUUGUGUUGGUAAUUCACUUUCUAUCAGUUAGUUUUCUGUUUAUUGAUUGAUAGAUUUUGCUUCAAGAUAGAAUUUGUAUUCUUAUAACAUGAUUUCUGUGGGGUUGAGAUGGUUGUGAAAAAUGAAACAUACUGUGUUUUUGCCAAUUAGUAUAUAGUUUAACCCACUACUUGAAGGUUGUGAAUUUUAAGUUUUUCAGAGUAAAGAUACAGUAUGUAGGAUAUCUCGAUAAGAUCAAGACAAGUUUUGUGAGAAGUUUUGAUAGUUUUUGUAGAAUGCAUGUGAAAGUGUGUAUUGUCUUAUGGUAGGUAUGGAAGAUAAGUAAAAGUUGUAGUGAGAGACUUAACAAAUUAAGGCAUAUUUACAAAUUAUAAAUGUUUUAAUUCAUAGAAAAGGGUAUU